AUGUCUAAGAAACAGGGAAGGCAGUAUCGUUUAGUCCAUGACACUGAACGUGAAAUUGUCACCACGUUGGUGAAUGAGGUCGGCCCUACUCCAUCACUGAUCGUUCAACGAAUAAAAAAUGGUGGUUUUGGGGACCUCAGUGAUUAUUACAAUCGACUUCAAUCAAGAUCAAGUAGUCAACGAAUCCAAUCAAUAUUGCAAUCAACCGCUCAAAGUGUCAGUCGGGUCCGUGUCAAUGAUACGGAGAAUUUUUCGCCGUUAGCGUCCGAUACGUUCGAUUAUAUUCGUUAUAAUGACAAUUCAAUCUCGUACGCGUCUUCACGUGUUCGUCAAGGAUCGCUCAUUUCAUCGUCUAAUCCAGAUGAAUUAUCAUCGCGAACCACACAGGUAUUGGACAUGUAUCAACAACAAUUGGACUCGUACAGUCGACAACGAUUUAAUUUAUCACCAAACAUGAACGAUGGGGCACGCACCCCAAAUGCCUCACCGCCAAAAACUACAUCGACGAUGUCACCAACUGUUCAGUUGACAUACGACGAGAUGGAUGAUGAUGAACAUCGAUUAGCGAUAAUAAAACCACGAUGGAUGCGUUUGAUGACAUAUUCAACUGUUUUCAGACAAACAUGA